AUGGACAGCGAAGGACACGCAAAAUUGACCGAUUACGUCUCCCAGUUCAUGGCAGCAGCCAGCGGCCAACCACAAUCACAGUCAUCUCAACCCACCAUGAGCGCAAACUCGACACAACUGCCUGAAAGGCCAAAGCAAGAAGCUGAGGCGAACGGUGAAUCUGAGGGAUGGUCGCCGGCCUCUUGGAGGUCAAAACCCAUUAAGCAAGUCGUUACCUACGAAGACCAAGCAGCAGUGUCUUCUGCCUUGACCAAGCUAUCAAGUCUUCCACCAAUCGUCACUCCGACAGAAAUAGCCAGACUCAAGGCUAGUCUCCGCGAUGCUGCACUUGGAAAAUCGUUUUUGCUGCAAGGAGGUGACUGCGCCGAGUUGUUCUCUUACUGUGCAGACAACCCAAUCGAUGCAAAGAUCAAGCUUCUGUUGCAGAUGAGUUUGGUUCUGAUUUGGGGUUCGAAUAAGCCUGUCAUUCGUAUUGGCCGCAUAGCCGGACAAUAUGCUAAGCCCAGAUCAAGCCCAACUGAGAUGCUGAACGGCAAGGAGGUUCCCAGCUUCCGUGGCGAUAUUCUUAACGGAUAUGAUCCUGAUUCCCGAAGAGUUGACCCCGAGAGGUUGGUCAGCGCUUACUUCCACUCUGCGACGACCCUGAACUACAUUCGUGGACAGCUAGCAAGUGGCAUCGCUGACUUGCAUAACCCUCUGGAUUGGGAACUUGGUCAUGUUCGGGAUGAAGAGCUGCAGUCAAAGUACACGAAGAUUGUAAACAGCAUCUCCGACUCACUACGGUUCAUGAAGACCAUCGGUGCGGAUACAUCCGGUCAGCUACAAACAGUCGAUCUCUUCACCAGCCACGAAGGUCUUGUGCUAGAGUAUGAACAGAGCUUGACAAGGAGGCUCAGACAUCCCGCUGGUUACAAGCCUUCGCAACCAUCAAACGAUGGCAAGGGCUGGUACAAUACCUCUGCUCAUUUUAUCUGGAUUGGAGACAGAACUCGCCAGAUCGAUGGAGGCCAUGUGGAGUACUUCCGUGGUAUUGAGAACCCCAUUGGUAUCAAGGUUGGGCCAUCCAUGAAGAACGAUGAGUUGGUUGAGCUACUUGACAUUGUCAAUCCAAACAAGGAGAUCGGCAAGAUUACGUUGAUCACGCGUUAUGGUGCGGACAAGGUUGAGUCUAUGCUUGGUGCGCACAUUGAAGCUGUCAAGAGCAGUGGGCACAUUGUAGUGUGGCAGUGUGACCCUAUGCAUGGCAACACGCGCAGCACGCCUACUGGUAUCAAGACCCGCUCUUUCAACAGCAUCUUCUCCGAGCUUUCAUCAGCACUCAAGAUCCACAAGGAACAUGGCUCAUUCCUUGGUGGUAUGCACCUAGAACUCACUGGCGAUGCCGUCACAGAGUGCACCGGAGGAAGUGAAGGUUUGGUGGAUGAGGAUCUGAGUCUGAACUACACAACAUACUGCGACCCCAGGUUGAACGAGAAGCAGGCGUUGGAGUUGGCUUUCUUGGUCGCAGGGCACUACCGCGCAGACGAAAAGCUUCUUUAA